AUGAGAGAUCAAGAGGCAUAUGUUGCCUGGAAAAGAAAGAAAAGAAUAGCUCGCAUCACGUUGCUGAGUUGCAUGCAAGAUGAUUUCAUGUGUGGGUUUGAGGAGUACGAAACUGCAAAAGGCAUGUGGGAGGCCUUGAAAGAGAAGUUUGGUACCACAUCGGCUACCAAACUUAGGAGACUUAAUCAAAGGUUUAAUGACUACAAGAAGCGCCCAAACCAAUCCAUGAGGCAGCAUCUUAGAGUCAUGUCAAACAUGAUUAGAGAACUCAAGAAUGAUGGGCAGACUAUGUCUGAUGAACAGCAAGUGCAAGCUGUUCUACGGUUUAACGCUUCCGCAUAUAAGAUUAACUUGGUGUCGAUCGAAUGA